AGCAGCAGCAGCAGCAGCAGGAGGUAAAGUAAUGUCCAAUUCAGAAAUCUACGACCCCUCCAAUUCGGAUCUGAGCAGCGACGAAUACGGCACCGAGGAAGACGACGACGCUCUGAUGGAUGCCGCCGUCUGCAAGCAACCUUCCCCAAAGGAGACCAAACCGAGUUCCUCCGAAGCCGAAAAGGCACCGACACAGCCCGCAAUCAUCGUGGAGCUGUCGCUCAGUGACAAGAGCACCAAACCGCCGGUGACUCGCGAGGAAACCCUCCGCCAAAUCAAGCAAAUCCGUGCAAGAAAGAAGAGAAUUAUCUACUACAAGCGCCGCAGCAUUCGAUGGCUCCGUCGGCUGAAACAGUUUCCAGACAGCAAGCUGGACGCCCUGAAGAGGGCUUUACCAAUGUAUAAGGCGCACUACAAGCGACUGGCGGAGUACAAGCUCGAAAAGGCGGAAUACCUACGAAGGAGGUUGGCUCGCCGCAGCUCCAGCGCCAGCAGCUACAGUCGCAGCCGCAGCAACAGUCGCUCGCGCUCACAUUCACGCAGUGACAGCCGCAGUCGCAGUCGCAGCCGCAGCCGCAGUGAGAGCAACUCGCCAGAGCUCAUCUGCUUGGAUGAUACCGAAAACGAGGAUUCGCCGGAGAAGGUGGAGCCGGUGGCCCCGACGGCCAGACAGAUGACGCCCGUGAAGGAGCACAAUCAGAAGUCGAUUCCAAUGCGGCAGGUGGACUUUGACAAGCAUCCGCCGCCACUAACGCCCGAAAAUGGCUCCGUUCUGGACGAAUUCCUCACCAUGAAGGCGCCCAUAGCCCAAGUGCUGCAGCAGCAAGUCGACAAGGAGAUGGAUGCCUAUGAUCUGGCCCAGUUUUCAGCCACCAUGAAGCAACUGACGGAAAUCGCUCAGCCGAAGGAGGAAGCGGCGCCUGUUGUGGUGCCCACAGAACCCCUAAAGCGCCGUCGCUCGGUGACGCCGCCACCGCUGGCCAGCAGCCAGGACAAGCGCUCAAAGCAGGCGUUGCCCGAUACUGAUGACGACGAUGAGGGCAUAGAAUUCAUACCCGUCGUGCAGGCGGCACCUGAGCCACCCAUUCGAGCUGUAGUUACGCAACAGCAAUAUCUGCAGCCACCGAUGCAGCGGCCCCAGCAUCCGCCCGUUCAGGAAAAGACACAACUACAGCAGCAACCAUUGAUGGAAAAGCCACAGCAUCUGCAGCCUCAGAUUCAGCCACAGAUUGUGUCGCAGAUGUCGGUGCAGAUGCAGAUGCCAAGGCAGCAGCCAAUGUUGAUAAAACGCAAGGCACAACAGCCCCAGCAGCACCAUCCGCAGCCGCUGCCGCAGCAAACUCCACCGCGGCCACAGCAUCCGCAGCAGCAGCAACCGCAGCAGCUGACAUUGCAACAGAAACCACAGCAGGAUCCUAGGAUGAUUGGAUUCAAGCUAAGCACGCCCUACUCGCUCGCUCCAGCGGCAGGAGCCGGAGCCGGAGCCGGACCAGGAGCCAUUCAGCAGGCAGUCAACCUGACUGCCAUGGCCUACAGCCUGAACACACCCAGCCCCCCAGCCGUGCCCAUGGAGAUUUCCUAUCCCACCGCGAAGCUGCCACAGACUGCUGCCAAUCCGGUGAACCUCCAGAUGCCAACGCAGGCACAGCAGCCACGUCCACCGCCACUAGCAAGUCCCCAGCCACAGCCGCAACCUCAGCAGCAGCCUCUGCCCCAGGCCCAGACACAGACCCAAACCUUCGCUGUGCCGCAUCAGCCAAAGCCACGCCGCUCAGAGACCGUCUCCACGCAGACCACGCAAGCAGCUCAAACCACACAGACGGCAAAAACCGCUCAAGCCACACAGCCAACGCCUCAGAAUCUGAAUCAGAAUCAGAAUCCUCCGACUGCUCAGAAUCCGCCGCCGCUCCCGCGACCAAAAGCUCCACCCGUUGAUCUCGGAAAUCCUGAUGCCAAUUUCCAUUACCAUCUGCGUUCGCUCUACGAGGAGAUGGACACGCAGCUCAAGUCGAAGAUAUCGCAGGUCAAGCCGGAGCUGAAGGUCCUGGCCAAGGAGCGGGAGCGCGUGGAGUUUGAGAUCAAGAGUCUGGACAAGCAGAUCAAACGCAACGAGGAUGAGUGCAAUCGUCUGCACUAUCUGCGCCUCGUCCAGAACGAGCUGCGAGUCCGUCUGCAGGUGAAGGAGCGCGUGGCCAUCAUCCAGAGCCUGGUGCCCAGCCUGCUCAGCCAGAACAGCAGCUUCUCGGAGCUGCGCGAAAUGCAAUCGAUGCUGGGGGAGUCUGUAGGCCCAGAUGAAAUUUCAGAUGCGGUGGAUCGCUGCCUCGACAAGAUGGAGCAGAACAAGAGCAACAUGGAACUGAUUCGCACUACUUUGGGUGUGGCGAAGGCACCAAAGAGGGAACCGACUGCCUCGUCCACUCUCCGCCAAGCGCCGCCACACUUUGAUGAGCUUUUGCAGCAGCGCAGUCGCAACAGCUUGCCGGCCAUGCGCCCGCGUCGUGGAUCCAUUCACGAUAUCAAUGACUUGUACGAACAGAGACGCCAGUCAGUCGAGGACAGACACGUCGCAUCGUCGAGUUUGGAGUACAUGGACGGGCGGCACUCACAGGCCCAGGUGGGACCCAGCUUCAGUCAGCGGCUGCACAAAUCCCCGAGCCUGGAGUUUUUGGGCGCCAGGCAGGGACAGGGACAGGCACCGCCGCACCACCGCAGCCAGAGCUCGCUGCAGGGCCAGUCCGGAAUUGAGACUCUGAUGAAGCCGCUGUACAACAGCAGUCCAUUGGCCCUCCUAGGUCCUUCGGCAAACAGAAAUCGCGAAGAAAUGCAUUCCAACAACAAUAAUGAGUCCUACUCAUCGGGAAGAGAGCGGCAGCAGCAGCAGCAGCAGCGCAUAGCCAGAUCUUCUUUGGACAAUUACAAUAGGAGACCACAGACUGGCAAUUCAGGCGGAGAGGGCCCUGCCCUGAUGAAUGGCCAGGGGAAUCCAUUCUGCGUGGAGUGCGGCAGGAAUGAGGCCAAAUUCAUGUGUUCCAACUGCUUCACACAUUGGUACUGCAGUGAAGUCUGCCAGCUACGCGCCUGGGAUGCGCACGCCCCGUUGUGUGGCCAAUAAAUCAGCUAAUCAGCAUUACUAUCUCUGCAAAACUAUAUCUAAAGUUAAUAUAAACCAUAAUCCAUAAUCCAUUACUCAGUCGCGUCAGCUGCAUCGACCAUCCAGGUUCCAAGGCAUAAACAAACUUCAUAUUCAGAGAUUGCAAUGCAUUAAAAAUAAUCAUUUUGUA